UGUGUGCUGUGUGACGCAGUUAAUGUCUGAAAUACAACACGGGCUGUUUUCUGUAACAGAGACGUGAGGAAAUGUUUUCCAGCGAGUACACAGCCAUGUUCCCGGUUCCUCGCUGAAGGACAGUGUGUGUGUGUGUGUGUGUGUGUGUGUGUGUAUCUCGCUGUCCUGCACUUCUCCCGUCACUUAACACCUUCUCACUUCUGAGCUGCUUACAGGCUCUCAGUCUUCAGCAGACCCUGACGCUACAAAAUCAUGUCAGGCGAUGGCAAAAGCUUCUCUCAGAGGUGGGAGAGGGCAGGAAGUCCUGAAGCAUUGUCCAUGCAGAGUAGUAGCACCAGGAGCCGGCCAUAUGAAGAGCGCUGUGUUGACCCAAUCAGACCUGAGACCCAGUACCCUGGAGCGGUCCACAAAGUCCUUCAAAAAGAUGCUAAUGGCAAUGCUACUGAGCCAGAGACCGUUAGCUUUCUGCCUGGCAAGACGGAGUCUCCAUCUGCUUCCUGCUCGUGUGGUCCCUGUGUCUCAGUGAAAAGCUGUAGAACGUUUGCGUGUAGCGUGUUGACAUGUGGACUGUAUCGGGUGUGUAGGCGAAUGCCAUGUCUGCUGUCUGGGGAAACCCGAGGUGAUGAGCCAGAAGUUCUAAAAGCUGUGACGUCAGUGCCAGAUGAGAAGAAUGAUUUUUAUCCCGAUCUUUGUAUUGGUGGUGUGAAAGUGGAUCGAUCAGCGCUAAUGGAAGAGCACGAGCCAGUAUCAUUUAGCCUUCCUAAAAUGGAGCUGGACAGCCUGACAUAUGAGAGUGGCAGCAAGCAUUUCAGUAAUUUACAAGAUGAGGACUUUAUUUAUGAAGGCAUAGAUGAGGAUGUGGACUCGCUAAUCACACGUAAGCUACUUGAGGUUUUCUCUGAGUUUGAGAUCAAUGAGCUAGCAAAAUGCACGUCGGACUCCAUGUUCCUAAAGCGCUCCCAGGAGAUCAGUCAGCUCAUCUCGGAUAUUGUUCACGAGCAUAACAUUAAGGAGCAGGAAGCAGAAUGCCGGCUAGUACGCGAGAUCAUCCGCAUCAGCACACGAAAGAGCAAGAAGAAAGUGCCAGCGAGACAGCAGGAGCUGCAGAGAGACAGCGGCAAUGACACCUGGAGGAGCAGUAAGAGGAGCAGCAAGAAGAACAGCUUCAAUUCCAUGAGUGAUGGCAGUCUAAAGAUUUCAGAGGAGAGAUCUGAUGACAUAGAAGCGCGAAAUCUGCGGAACAACAGUAAGCAGUCGUACUCGCCCAGCUUUCCUGCGUCUCAGUCACCGAGCUGCACAGACAAUGUCACGCCCAUCACAUCAGACACUCCUUUGCUCUCUCAUGGAAUGAGAGCCUAAACCUGCAUUUUUUUCCUAAAAGUGCUCUGUGUCGACCUCUGGGAUUGUAAUGAAGAACAUGUGCUUACUCUCUUUAUAGCCUAAAAGGUUUUGACUCAUUUAACUGCCAUCAGAUUUGAUGACAUGACACAAUUAACUUUUCUAUUUAUGAUAAAAAAAAAUUGCUUGAAUUGUUGUCUAGGUAUUGUUGACUUUGUUGUAGCCAGUAGAUAGAAAUGAUGGUUAAACACUAGAGGAUAUGAAAUAAAAAGAAUAAUCAUUGUAAAAUGAGGUAAAAAUCAGCAUUAGAUUAGCAUUUUGUUGUAAUUUUAUUCAUCAGAAGAACCACUGUUGCACUUUCCUAAAUAGUGACUGAAGGACAGCUAUCUUCUUCUCUUUCUCUUAGUUCUCUGUCAGCUGUUGAUGCACAGGUGAAGCCUAAAUAAUAGUUUAGGGCCUGUGUGUCGUGUCCUUGUAGGCGGAAGGUUUUGUGCCAGAGAGGGGUUUUAAAGGAAAAUAACUGGGACAUAAAUAUGUCGGUUUUGGAGUCUGGAUGGUUUUGUGAACUUCCCUUGUGUACUCAAGAAUAAAAUGUAUUUCCUCAAAUGUACAAUUUAGUCUUUAGUCCUUCACUUAGUGUAGUCUCAGAGAAUUAUUAGGGUUUUUUUUUUUUUUGAGUUUAAUCAGUAACAGUUCAAGCUAAAUGUGAGUAAUAUUGAAGAGAUUCUGAGAUUCUCAUGCUACUUUCAUUUUCUGUGUUGCAUAGCUGUUUUGUAAAUGAAAUGUAAAUUAAAUUCAACAGGAAGACUAAGAGUAAAGCUGACCUUCAGAUAAAUUUGAGUGUUGUACAUCAA